CGGCCCGGCCCGGCCCGGCCGAGCCCCCCGGCGCGCACAGUAGGUGCUCGGAGCUCCGUAAAUCUGCGCGGCCCCGAGCCCGGGAUUCACCCGCGGCCACGUCGGAUUACCCCCCAUUCACAUCCCGUGGGUGCUCCGGGUCCCUGGACAGCGGGAGCGGUGGGAAGCCGAACCAGUCGCCUUUGGUUCUUUCUUCCGUUCCCCGCCCCCCUCCUUAAAAUAAGUGUGUUUCUCUUACAGGGGUGAAGGCAAUGGGUGACAGCGGGCAGGACUGGCUGGCUCUGAGGCCCCAGGAACCUUCUCCAUCCCAGUGCUGCGGCAGCGGCUGCAAGCCCUGCAUCUACGAUGUGUACGAGAAGGAGCUCGCACAGUGGGAGAGAGCCAAAGCAAUGCAAGACAAAAGCCUUCUCAUGGGAAAAAAGGAGCAGAGCAGUAAUUCAGAGCUGAAUCCAGAUACAUUCACCGCAUUCAGCGUGAGCUCGGUGGAGCAGCUGACAGAGGACACCUACCAGUACAAAUUUGAAUUGCCGGGAAAGAGCAGCCUGCCAUUGAGUUUAGGACAACAUAUCGUGUUAAGAGGAGAGGUGAAUGGUUUGGAGAUCCAGAGAGCCUAUACUCCAAUUAGCCCCAGGAAUGCAGAAGGUUACUUUGAAGUUCUAAUUAAAUGCUAUGAAGCUGGGCUAAUGUCACAAUACAUAAAAACGUGGAAAAGAGGAGACGUGGUCUUUUGGCGUGGGCCGUUUGGAGGGUUCCCAUAUCAGCCUAAUAAGCAUGGAGAACUCCUCAUGCUGGCCUCAGGCACCGGCCUUGCACCAAUGAUUCCCAUCCUCCAGUCCAUAACAGAUGAUGAAGAGGAUGAAACCUUUGUAACUCUUGUUGGCUGCUUCCCUACCUUUGACAGAAUUUAUUUAAAACCUCUUCUGCAGGACUUGGCUCGGUACUGGAAUAUCAGAAUAUUUUAUGUCCUAAGCCAGGAAUCUUCACUGGAAAGACUUCCUCAGAGCUAUCAGGAAAACACAUACACCGGUCGUCUCAAUGAAGACUUGAUGAAGACAAUAGUAAAUUCCUGUCGAAGAAAGCCAUUUGUAUUAAUUUGUGGCUCUUCUGCAUUCAAUGAGGAUAUGAGUAGAUACUUGAAAGCUGCAGGAAUUGAAGAAAAUUCCUGUUUUGUCUUUUAGAAGUACAUUCCUGACCUGAGGAACCUCAGGCUGAGCCUUGGAUGUCCUUAUCUCUUUGCAGACAUUGCACAAAAUGGGCCUGCUCAGAAGACUGAGCUCCUUGGAGCAACUAUUGGUUGAUCCUCACUCUAGGGUGUUUUAAGGAACAAAUGCCAUUCCAGAGUGGCUGGUACGUGGUGUGCCACCCAUACCUCAGGGACCAGCAUGGCAAUUUUAAUGGAAAUAUUCAAGUGCAAUUUUAAGAGAGAAAUUUCCUAAGGGGGUACUAGAAAGCAUCCGU